AUGAACAGUGCUGAUAUGAAUAAUGUAGAUGGGGUCAUUCCAAUAAACAAUGGUGGUGAUGAUAAAUUAAAAAAGAUUAAAAAAAGAAGGGAUGCUUUGCUCCGAAAUCUUAUUAUUGAUGAUAAUAUACAUUCUCAGGUAUCAAAAGUUGCUUUGGAAAACCCAGAUAAACGAAGGUCAAGAAGAGUCAAUACUCCAGUUAGUUAUGUAUACAAGAGGAAGGCUGCUUAUGGAUUUGAACAGACCGUUAAAUCUAGAAGAAAAUCAAAAAGAAGUAAUGUGAAAAAUGUACCGAAACGAAUUCAAUAUAAUGAAAUCAAGCAAAACAAUACAGUAGAACAGGAACCUAGUAAUGAUAGUACUAUUCCGCCCAAACCAGUCAUAGAAAAUCCCCCAGUUAACGUAAGCAUAUAUGGUAUCCCCAAAACAGCUGAAGAAUUUAACACAUAUAAUCCAAAUGUUCAAUUAAAUAUCAAUUCUGAUAGUACAGAAAUAAAACCGCAAUUAGAUAUGGCUGUAUUGAAGAUAAAAUAUGAUCCACUUAAGUGUUUGAAUUUUGAUAAUAUACUGAGAACUUCACAAAGGAAAGAUGUUGAAUCUUUAGAACAUAAUAAUAUUCAUGAUUUUGAAAUUACUGAAUCGGAAGAGCUUAUUAAUAUGUUAGAUAACUACAGUUUACUCCCUUUUAGGGGAGCCAUUAAUAAAUCUAAGGAUGCUUCUACACAUAAGACAACACCAAAUAUUGUGGAUCGACAGUUUUUCAAAUCACUUCUAGAUCAAUCAUCAAUGGCUAGUUUUUGUAAUGCAAAUGUGUUGUUAGCAAGCCAUCCGGAUCCUAAUGAACCAGAUUUUCUUAAUCGAGACAGUAAAGGACGUUUAAAGAGAAAAAAUAAAUCUCUAAAAUAUCGUGGAAGUGUGACGACAAAGAAUUCUAAUACAAAAUCUAUUGAAUUUAUAUAUUUAAGAAACUACGAAAUUAAAACAUGGUAUACAACACCAUAUCCAGAAGAAUAUAAUAAAAACAAAAUUCUUUUCAUCUGCGAAUUUUGCUUGAAGUACAUGAAUUCAAGAUACAUUUAUUACAGGCAUCAGUUAAAAUGUACCCAUACGCAUCCACCAGGAAAUGAAAUAUAUAGAGAUGGAAAAAUAUCUGUAUGGGAGGUAGAUGGUAGAGAAAAUGUAAUUUAUUGUCAGAAUUUAUGUUUAUUAGCAAAAUUGUUUUUGAAUUCGAAGACUUUAUACUAUGAUGUUGAACCUUUUAUAUUUUAUAUUCUAACUGAAAGAGAGGAUGAAGGUUAUCAAUGUCCAAGGUUCCAUUUAGUUGGAUACUAUUCACAUGAAAAGUUGAACUCAACUGAUUAUAAUUUGAGUUGUAUUUUAACCUUGCCUAUAUAUCAAAGAAAAGGUUAUGGUCAUUUUUUGAUGGAUUUUUCUUAUUUACUAACAAAAAGAGCGUAUAAAUUAGGUACUCCAGAAAAACCACUUUCAGACCUUGGACUGUUGUCAUAUAGGAAUUUUUGGAAAAUAAAAUGUGCACAGGUAUUAUUGAAAAUAAAAGAAACCAUAUUGACAAACUCUGAGUCGAUAUAUAUUACUCUAGAAGACAUUUCUAAUUUGACUGGUAUGAUUCCCACUGAUGUAGUUUUGGGUUUGGAACAACUAGGGGUACUGUAUCAGAAAACAGUAAUUGAUAAGGAACAAGAAAAUAAGUCUAGUACAUCAUAUUGUAUCAUCAUUGAUUCGUGGGAUAGAAUACAAGGAAUAUAUGAUAAAUGGAAAGCCAAGGGCUAUAUAGAAUUAAAGUCUAGUAAGCUUAUAUGGAAACCGAUGAUAUUUGGCCCUUCUUGCGGAGUCAACGCUGUUGGUACUUCCAUAGAAACUGUUAGCAAUGCAUCUAAAGAUUUGACAGUCCCAGGACAAGUUCAAUCGGAUUUCUUUAAAAACAGUAUAUCUAUGUUAGUCAAUUUUAUGAAAGAUGAUAUUAUAGAUCCCAGGCCCAUGGAGGAAGUUGCGAUGGAGGAAAUAAAAAAGCGGCAAUUACACCAAUUUUCUGAAAUUAAGCAAGAUAUUUCGAAUUGGAGAUUGUCUUUUGUAGAACCAAAUUUAGAAGAACGUUCAAUUCGAUCCAAUGGUAUCAACUCUCACAAUUCUUCAGGAAACAAAACCAAAUUUCAAAAAUCUAGUCUGGAUGCAACCAAUAAAGUUGAGAAAACGGUUGCCUCAGAUUCAGAACCCGAGAAUAUUAUUGAAGAAAUUGAUGAGAUAGAGGACAAGGAAGAUGAUGCAUAUGAAAUAGAUGAAGAAAAUGAAGAGGAAUCUGAUGAAGAUGAAUAUGAUGAAGGUGAAGAUGAUGAUAUCCAGACAAGAAAAUCUAGGCGUAAUAGAUAUUCUAGUUCUGAUUCUGAUACCAGUGAUGCAGAAGAAUUUGUAGAUAUAAAUGAACUAGCUAAUGACGAUGAUAUUACGACAGGAAAAGAGAAUGUCGUUGAAGAAAAUGGUACAAUCACUGGAAAGGAUGAUUCUGAAAAAACAGAUUCUGUUGAAAAGUUAGUUGAAACACCAAUUAAUGAGGUAGGGAAUAAAAAAGGAAGGACAACCAAGGAAAUACCACACAGGGAAAAGCCAUCUAAUGGAAUAUUACCGAAGAGAAUCUCCAUUAAAGAAAUACCACCUAAGAACAAGCCACGAAAGGCAAUCCGUAGGCGUAAACGCAGGUGGUAA